AUCUUAAAACCUCUAUCUUCCGCCUCUUUUAAAACACUAUACCAAGCUCCUCCUUGUUCCAAUUCAUCUUGACAUGGCGUCUAGAAGAUUAUCGAAGUCUGUUUCCGCAGCCAUCAAGGCACACAAUGCUCUUUCAAGACCUUCUAUCCUCCUCCGGUCUCGCGCCCUCUCUGCCUGUGCUCACUUCAGCUCGCGUUCCUCAUCCAAUUCCUUUCUUUUCCGGCCAAACUCCUUCAUCGGCGUUUCCGGAAACGGCAUAACUUCUUCAGCCACUCAAGCCGCUUCUCGUGGCCAACUUUUACCUCUUUCUCUCCAAUUCCCUUCUCCGCGCAGCUUCUCUGAUAAAUCAGAUCAGGUUUGUGGUUGAUGCUGAUUAAUUUUGUCAUUUAGACUCGCCAUUGACUCGAUUACCUUAGUUUCUUUUGUGCCAUUUUUUUGUUCUAUAUGUAGACUGAUGAUAAUGAUAAAGCACUUGAAAAAUAUGGAAGUGAUUUAACGGAGAUGGCUAAACAAGGAAAACUCCCACCUCUCAUUGGACGUGAUGAUGAAGUUAACCGGUGUAUCCAAAUACUAUGCAGGAUGACAAAAAGCAACCCUGUUAUCAUCGGUGAACCGGGUGUAGGGAAAACCGCUAUUGCAGAAGGGUAACUCUUGUAAUUAUAUCUCUCAAACUUAUGAUUGUACUGAAAAAUGUUUUAACCUUUUUCAGGUUGGCCCAGAGAAUUGUAAAAGGGGAUGUCCCUGAACCUCUCUUGAACCAGAAGGUUAUAUCUCUCGACAUAGGUGCACUGAUUGCUGGUACCGAAUAUCGAGGGCAAUUUGAGGAAAGGUUGAAAGCAAUGUUGAAUGAAAUAACUGCAUCCAAUGGCAAGACAAUAUUGUUCAUUGAUGAAAUCCACACUAUUGUUGGUGCAGGAGCUUGUAAAGAUGAUACAAUGGAUGUGAGCAACCUCCUAAAACCAAUGCUUGGAAGAGGUGAACUACGAUGCAUUGGUGCAACUACGCUAACCGAAUACCGCAAAUAUAUGGAGAAAGAUCCAGCUCUUGAACGUAGGUUUCAGAAAGUGUUCUGUAAUCAGCCAUCUGUUGAAGAUACCAUCUCGAUUCUUCGUGGGUUAAGAAAGCGGUAUGAAUUACAUCAUGGUGUUAAGAUAUCAGAUGGUUCUCUAGUUUCAGCAGCGGUUUUGGCAGACCGCUACAUCACUGAACGCUUUCUUCCAGACAAAGCUAUUGAUCUUGUUGAUGAAGCUGCUGCAAAGUUGAGGGUUUUAACCACUCCGAAACCAACUGAACUGGAUGAAAUAAACAAAGCUGUGCUCAAACUCGCGACAGAGAAGUUUUCUUUGCAAAGGGAUACUGAAAAAGCUUCUAUAGAAGUUCUACAGAAAAUGAAUAAAGAUUUGAGCAGGCUCGCGGAUAAACGAAACAAACUCAGUAAGCAAUUGGAGCAAGAAAAGUCUCUCAUUACUAAAUUACGUUCAUUUAAAGAAGAGAUCGAUAAAUCCGAGGAACUUGAAUGUGGUCUAAACGGUACUGAUGAUCUUAAGUAUGGAACAAUUAUUUCUCUCCAACGCCAGUUAGAAGAAGCGGAGAAAUAUUUCACCAAUCCCGAAGAUUCACUCCAAGGAGAGGUAACCGAUGUCCACAUAGCGGAGAUAGUAAGCAAGUGGACCGGUAUUCCACUAUCAAAUCUUCGGCAAUCAGAGAAAGAAAAGCUAGUCAUGUUGGAAGAAGUGCUUCACAAGAGAGUUGUUGGUCAAGAAAAGGCUGUAGAAUCAAUAGCAAAUGCUAUCCGUUGUUCAAAGGCUGGCCUAUCAGAUCCUAACCGUCCAAUAGCCAGUUUUAUGUUCAUGGGUCCAACAGGUGUUGGUAAAACCGAGCUUGCCAACACUCUUGCUGGAUACCUUUUCAACACUGAAAACGCGAUAGUGAGGAUCGAUAUGAGUGAGUACAUGGAAAAAAACUCAGUCUCACGACUCGUUGGUGCACCUCCUGGUUGUGCUGGUUUUGAAGAAGGUGGGCAGUUAACUGAAGCUGUUAGGAGGAGACCUUACUCGGUGGUUCUGUUUGAUGAGAUCGAGAAAGCACACCCGGAUGUUUUCAAUAUCUUUCUACAGAUACUAGAUGAUGGAAGAGUAACUGAUUCUCAAGGAAGGACUGUAAGUUUUAGAAACUGCUUUGUAGUAAUGACGUCGAAUAUAGGAUCACAACCCAUACUUGAGACUUUCCGCAACAAUAAAGAUAGCAAAGAAGCUGUUUAUGGGAUGAUGAAGCAACAAGCUGUGGAGUUAGCAAGACAGACUUUUAAGCCAGAGUUCAUGAAUAGAAUUGACGAAUACAUAGUUUUCCAGCCGUUGGAUUUAACAGAAUUAUCCAAAAUCGUGGAGUUUCAGAUGAGACGAGUGAAGAAUUUGUUGGAACAAAAGAAAAUAAAUCUUGAGUACACAAAAGAAGCGGUGGAUCUCCUUGCUCAGCUUGGGUUUGAUCCCAACAAUGGGGCAAGGCCAGUGAAGAGAGUGAUUCAGGAGAUAGUGAAGAAGGAGAUCUCCUCAAAACUUUUGAAGGGAGAAAUUUCAGAGGAAGACACUAUACUUCUCGAUGUUGACCAACCUAACAACAAAUUGGUCAUCAAGAAGCUAGAGAUUAAUGCUCCUGUUGAAGAAUUGGCCCCAUAAUCAUACAAACUUAUUAAGACGAUUCGGUUAGCGGUUAUAUCUCUUUUUUCUAAUGAUGAUGAUGUUUUAAGGAUUGUAUUUACCGCCGAAAGCAAAAGCACCUACUUCUUGUUAGUCUACAAGCAUUUUAAAUUUAGAAGUUCGAGCGAUGAAUAAUGUGUUAAGAUAUUUUGUGGAGUGUUUAAUAUGAUGUUGUACAAGGAGAUGAAACUUAGAAAAUCUUACCAAAUCAAAUCGAAGACACAGUUUGAUAAAAAAUUUCCAUGUCCUCU